UUGAGGGAAUGAUUUGUUCAGCAGCUUGCAAAUGCACGGAGUCCAGUUCAAUGGCCCGAUUGAUACGGCAGCAUCCUAAAGCACAGCUUUCCAUCGCGGAGGUUUGAGCAGAGCAGAGCCAGAGCAGAGAGGCGGCGAGGUGCAGGGAGAUACAGCGAUAGACAAGAACACACCAGAGAUUAUACUUGAUGCCCCUCUCGGCGAGAUGGUUGAGUCCACAUCAAGGUUGCUGCCGCUGCUGUGCUAUCCUCAAAUCCACUGUUCACUUUUAGCUUCGUUCUCAGCGUCUGGCACAGCACUACGGAUUGCUGUCUCUGGCUGAAAAGGAAUACUUCCCAACCUAAAUACAUGUUUAGUUGUAAAUAUGAAAACUGUGCAUAGAGACGGAUACUACGCGGGAUCUAUCGAACUAUCUGACAUGAUCAAUAGAAGAAACGUUAAAUGCUGCCGGACGGAUUUAGUUCCAUCUAGAACCAUGAGGAUUAGAACUGGAAUUAUAUUCUGGAAUCUCAUGUUUUCAAUGAUGUUCUCGUGUGUGAAAGGGUUCAUAAAUACGUGCGGAGGGACGUUAAAAGGACAGAACGGAACCAUAGAAAGCCCAGGUUUCCCGUACGGAUAUCCCAACGGUGCCAACUGUACCUGGGUCAUCGUAGCGGAACAAAUGAACAGGAUUCACGUCGUUUUUCAAUCUUUCGCCGUGGAAGAGGAGUACGAUUUUUUAUCUUUGUAUGAUGGACACCCACAUCCGGCACACUUCCGGACGAGGUUAACAGGAUUUCAGAUCCCGCCUCCCGUAACCAGCACAGGGUCCAUAUUUUCACUACGGCUUACCAGUGACUUUGCAGUAAGCGCUCAUGGAUUUAAGAUGGCUUAUGAAGAGCUAAGGAGCAGCUCCUGUGGGAACCCUGGUGUUCCACCUAAAGGCAUCCUAAACGGAACACAGUUCAACAUGGGGAACACAAUCCACUACAGGUGUGUGACGGGCUACGUGUUGGACGGUCACUCCCUCCUUACCUGUGUCCUCAACACAGGCAAUAUGGCCGUCUGGGACUUCCCUGUCCCCAUCUGCAGAGCUGAGAACACGUGUGGCGGGACGUUGAGAGGGUCCAGUGGGAUCAUCUCCAGCCCUGAAUACCUCAGUGACCUGUCCAACGCUGGGGAAUGUAAGUGGACGGUGCUGGCGGACCCUGGAGACACCAUCUCACUGGUGUUCACUGACUUCCAGAUAGAGGACAAACACGGCUCUCUGGAGAUAGAAGGAUCAGAGCCGCCCAGUAUCUGGUUAUCUGGUGUGAAUAUACCAGCACCCGUCAUCAGCAACAAGAACUGGCUAAGACUCCAUUUUGUGACCGAUAGGAAUCAUCUAAAUAAAGGAUUCACACUUCAGUAUCAAGUGAAAAGCUCUGGUGAGCUGAAAUCCAGAGGAGUAAAGUUACUACCGGGAAAGGACAACAAUAACAAAUUGUCUUUGAUGAACGAAGGAGGAAUUAAACAGCUGUCCAAUUAUUGCCCGGAUCCGGGGGAACCUGAGAACGGCAAACGCCGAGGCUCUGACUUCAGCAUUGGAGCGACGGCUCAGUUUACCUGUGAUGAGGACCAUGUGCUGCAGGGCUCCAAAACCAUCACCUGUCAGAGGGUGGCUGAGGUGUUCGCUGCCUGGAGCGACCACAGACCUGUCUGUAAAGUGAAAACGUGCGGAUCGACACUCCAGGGUCCAUCGGGGAUGUUCACCUCUCCCAAUUUCCCCAUCCAGUACGAGAGUAAUUCCAACUGUGUGUGGAUUAUCACUGCUAGUAACCCCAUUAAGGUUAUCCAGGUCAACUUUGAGGAGUUUGACAUGGAGAUCGGCUAUGACUCAUUAACCAUCGGAGACGGAGGGCAAGUUGGAGACUCAAGAACUAUAAUACAAGUCCUGACAGGUAGCUUCGUGCCUGACCUUAUUGUCAGCAUGUCCCAUCAAAUGUGGCUGCACCUUCAGUCUGAUGAGAGCGUGGGAUCAAUCGGCUUCAAGAUCAACUAUAAAGAGAUUGAUAAGGAGAGUUGUGGGGACCCAGGCACACCUCUGUAUGGCUUCCAGGAGGGCAGUGGGUUUCUGAACGGGAACGUGCUGCGGUUCGAGUGCCAGUUUGGCUUCGAGCUGAUUGGAGAGAGGAUGAUCACCUGUCAGAACAACAAUCAAUGGUCUGCUAACAUCCCCAUUUGCAUAUUCCCAUGUUUCUCCAACUUCACGGCAGCCGUGGGCACUGUGCUGUCCCCUGACUACCCAGAGGGCUAUGGGAACAACCUGAACUGUGUGUGGAUCAUCAUCUCUGAACCAGGCAGCCGGAUCCACCUGGCCUUCAACGACUUUGACCUGGAGCCUCCAUACGACUUCCUCACCGUGAAGGACGGAGACCAGACGGGCUCGUCCAUCCUGGGGAGAUACUCGGGAGCCGAGGUGCCGUCUCACUUCACCUCCAACAGUAACAUACUCCAGCUGGAGUUCCAGGCAGACCACUCCAUGUCCGGAAGAGGAUUCAACAUCACCUACAGCACAUUUGGCCACAACGAGUGUCCGGACCCAGGCGUCCCUCUGAACGCCAGACGGUUCGGGGACAGUUUCCAGCUGGGUAGCUCUGUCUCUGUGGUUUGUGAGGAGGGUUUCAUCAAGACCCAGGGCACUGACACUAUCACCUGCCAGCUGGAGGGGGGCAAGGUCAUGUGGAGCGGACCCAUCCCUAAAUGUGAAGCCCCAUGUGGAGGCCACUACUCUGCUCCGUCCGGAGUGAUCCUGUCCCCAGGGUGGCCUGGAUACUAUAAGGACUCCCUCAGCUGUGAGUGGGUCAUCGAGGCUACGCCCGGGCGCUCUGUGAAGAUCAGUUUUGACAGGUUCCAGACGGAGCUCAGCUAUGACUUCCUGGAGUUGCAUGAUGGUCCCAACCUGCUCUCGCCUCUGAUUGGCUCGUUCAACGGGACCCAGGUCCCACAGUUCCUGUUCAGCAGUAGUAACUUCAUCUACCUCCUCUUCACCACCGACAACAGCAGAUCCAACAGCGGCUUCAAGAUCUUCUACGAGAGUGAGAUAAUAACAAGAUGGUUUUUUUAUGGCCGUUCUGACAAACACAUAUAUGGUACAAGUCUCCCAUUGAUAUCAAUUAAUGGAAAUAAGUUGAGACAACAACAAGCUCUAUUUCCAAACCCAUUAUCUUGAGUUUUAUUGAAGUUCACUGAAUGAUUUAUGUGAAAGUCUGAGUUGUGGAUGUACAGUCUUGUCUCAACUCUUAAUGAGACCCUAUGAGACUGUUCUGGAUUCCUUCUUAUCAAGCAGCAAACAUACACACAGCUCUGAUCAGUAAGAUUAGGGCCACGAUGGGCCCUACUUAUCAUGUACAAUAGGUAGCCUGAGUUAUAUCUGUGUCGUAGAGUGUAGGAUAAACUGAUUUCCCGACUUCCUGUAGAAUAAACUGACUUCCUGUAGAAUAAACUGAUUUUCUGACUUCCUGUAGAAUAAACUGAUUUCCUGACUUCCUGUAGAAUAAACUGAUUUCCUGACUUCCUGUAGAAUAAACUGAUUUCCCAACUUCUUGUAGAAUAAACUGACUUCCUGACUUCCUGUAGAAUAAACUGACUUCCUGACUUCCUGUAGAAUAAACUGACUUCCUGACUUCCUGUAUUUGCUCUGGAAAGCAUUUCAGCUGCUAAAAUGAAGAGAAUGAGUGACAUUUUCUCCACCAUAAAAUGAUCUGUGGGACCGCUAGUUAGCUCAACACACUGCUAUUGUAACGUGUAUGCUAAUAAACGAGAAGCAAGGGAGUGAAUUUAAUAAAUAAACGAACCAGGAACAAAACAAGAAACACGAGCAGUGUAAGGACAUUCAACAGAAUCAAUAACAUCUGAGGAAAGAACCAAAGGGAGUGACAGAU